AUGUUCGUCACUCAAACAAAACAAUGUGGUGAAGCCUUGCAAUGGCAUACAUGUCAAUCGGUUUGUCACAAGUACGAUAGAUGUCGAUUCUUGUUCCCUCAUGAGAUAGUAGACGAGUCAGUUUUUGAGGCUGCCACAAAUUCGGUCGUUUUCAAGUGUAUAGAUGGGACUGUCAACUAUUUCAAUCCCAGCAUUCUUGUAUUCUGUCGCCACAAUCAUGACCUGAGGUGCAUCCUGUCUGGCAAAAGUGCGAAAGCUGCCAUGUUUUAUAUUUCGGACUAUAUCACGAAGAUGGACACUAAAACCUAUGAGAUGCUGUCCCUUCUG